AUGGCAAAAAAAAACCCGAACCCGACGGGGAAACCCGAUUCCCGAAUUUUUCGGGUCGGGUCGGGUCAGUACUAUCGGGUUACAGCCGAGACCGAGAGCCGACAUUCCAAAUCGACUGAAAUCAAAUCGCAAGCUACGAGCGAGCAUGCGAUAGACGAUAGUGCGACCAAUGGGCAUUCCGCAUUCGGGCAACGACAGACGAUACGCAACCCACAAAUCGAACGACUUUGUCUUCGAUCGACGCCACACAGUGACGGUGACGCUCACGCACAAGAAACAAUCAUCGGAAAUAUGAAUUCAACUAGUCAAAAUCAUGCUCCAACUGCAAGUAGUCAAGAUGUGGGAGGUUCGGGUUCUAAUCAACAAAAUACCGAUUAUGUGGAUCAACAAGAUGGAACAAAUAUUAAUGAUACAGUUUUUGAUGAAGAUGGAGAUGAAGUUGUUGCAAGAAUGGCACAAAACAUUUACUUGCACAUUAUCAGCGUUGUUUACACAAACCUUUUCCAGAUAUUCGUCAAUCUAUCUUGGUGCAAGAAAAAAAAGAAAUUAGAUGGUACUACAACGCAUGUUUCAAAUUAUACAUUUAAUGCUGAUACUUCUAGGAAGGAUUUGGCUGAAAUGAUUAUUGUGCAUGAGUAUCCGCUUUCAAUUGUAGAGCAUCAUGGAUUUAGGAAGUUUGUGGGAGGUCUUCAACCUUUGUUUAAGGUUACAGCCGAGACCGAGAGCCGACAUUCCAAAUCGACUGAAAUCAAAUCGCAAGCUACGAGCGAGCAUGCGAUAGACGAUAGUGCGACCAACGGGCAUUCCGCAUUCGGGCAACGACAGACGAUACGCAACCCACAAAUCGAACGACUUUGUCUUCGAUCGACGCCACACAGUGACGGUGACGCUCAUGCACAAGAAACAAUCACCGGAAAUAUGAAUUCAACUAGUCAAAAUCAUGCUCCAACUGCAAGUAGUCAAGAUGUGGGAGGUUCGGGUUCUAAUCAACAAAAUACUGAUUCUGUGGAUCAACAAGAUGGAACAAAUAUUAAUGAUACAGUUUUUGAUGAAGAUGAAGAUGAAGUUGUUGGUUCGAAAAGGGCAACACGUUCACCGGCAUGGCAACAUUUUAUAAAAUUUAAAUUGAAUGAUGAAGUUAAAGCAAGAUGUAAACAUUGCUCUAAAGUGUUGGGUGCAGAUAGCAAGAAUGGCACAAAACAUUUACUUGCACAUUAUCAGCGUUGUUUACACAAACCUUUUCCAGAUAUUCGUCAAUCUAUCUUGGUGCAAGAAAAAAAGAAAUUAGAUGGUACUACAACGCAUGUUUCAAAUUAUACAUUUAAUGCUGAUACUUCUAGGAAGGAUUUGGCUGAAAUGAUUAUUGUGCAUGAGUAUCCGCUUUCAAUUGUAGAGCAUCAUGGAUUUAGGAAGUUUGUGGGAGGUCUUCAACCUUUGUUUAAGGUUCCUUGUCGAAACACCAUCAAGGACGACAUCAAAAGAAUUUAUGAUUACGAAAGGGAUAAAACUAUGAGUUUGUUAGCAAAGACCAAAAGCAGAAUUGCAGUUACUACUGAUAUGUGGACAUCUAAUCAUAAAAAAAAAGGAUUUAUGGCAAUGACAGCACAUUUUGUAGAUCAAAACUGGAACUUGCAAAGCAGAAUUAUGAGGUUUAUUUACGUGCCUUGUCCGCAUACAUCUGAUGUUCUUGCCAAUAUACUUUAUGCUACUUUGUGUGAUUGGAAUCUUGAUAGGAAAGUUUCAACUCUUACUGUGGAUAAUUGCACCACAAAUGAUGCAAUUAUCAGGAUAUUAUUAGAGAAACUUCCUCUAAAAUCACUAAUGAUGAAUGGUGAUUUGUUUCAUAUGCGUUGCUGCGCACAUAUUCUCAAUCUUAUUGUCCAAGAUGGCUUAUCUCUCAUUAAAUUUGAGAUUGAGAGAAUCAGAGAGAGUGUUGCAUUUUGGUCUGCAUCACCAAAGAGGGAGCAAAUUUUUGUGACAGCAGCAGAACAGUUGGGAAUACCAUACUCAAAGAAGUUGAUACUUGACUGCAAAAACACAGUGGAACUCUACAUUCUUGAUGUUGAGUGUUGCUAUAAGCUACAAAGAGAAAAGGAUUGGGAGUUGGCUAGUGAGAUUUGUGAAAGAUUACAACUUUUUUAUGAGGUGACUGUUAUGUUCUCUGGUUCAAAGUAUCCUACAGCUAAUGUUUUCUUUCCUUUGAUAUGUGAGAUUGGGUAUUCUUUGCGUGAGUGGACGAAAUCUCCUAUUGAGGAGAUUAAGAUGAUGGCUGACCAAAUGGUUUCUAAGUUCAAUAAGUAUUGGUCUGUAAUUCAUGGGGUAAUGGGAAUGGCAGCGGUUUUAGAUCCACGAUACAAAUUAAAGUUUGUGGAGUUACUUUUUCCUGUGCUUUAUGGAGAAGAAAAGGCAAAGAUUGAAUUUCAAAAUUUGGUGGCGUUUGUCCAAACUUUGUUUCAAGAGUACGUGUCAAGUAAUGCAUCUAAAAAAAGGAAGAGUGAAGGUUUUUAUGGUGGUUCAGUUCCUGGUUCAUCUUCAUUUGGUUCUAGUAUCUCUUCAGGUCAUCGUGUUGGAUUCAAAAAGCUCUUAUCGGAUAUUGCUUCUAUUACUAGAGAUGAUGAUGAAUCAGGAGGUAUGAGUGAGUUGGAUAACUACUUGAAGGAGAAAUUGUUGCCUAAAGAUAUGGAACUUGAUUUGUUGGCAUGGUGGAAAACAAAUGGGAUUAAGUACCCGACACUACAAAGGAUAGCUAAAGAUAUAUUAGCUAUUCCUGUUUCCACUGUUGCCUCGGAAUCAGCUUUCAGCACUAGUGGAAGAUUAGUAAGUCCUCAUCGUAGUCGACUUCAUCCAAAGACAUUGGAGGCUUUAAUGUGUGCUCAAAGUUGGUUGUUGAAUGAAAUUCGAGCAACUUGUUCUGAAGAGACCGAGGCAUAUUGUCGUUCUAUUGAAUUUGAUUAUGAUGUGGAAGAGGAAAACACUAAAGAAAGCGGGACAACAAGUUUGGAUGAUUUUGUUUGAUUUUGAGUUUGUAACUUUGUUUUAAUGUUAAUUGGUAAUAUAUUAUUGUGAUGAAUUAGUUUUUCAUGUUGUAUACUUGGAUGUUUUGGUUGGUUGGUUGAUGUUACAAUAUUAGACUAUUAGUAAUUUCUAUUUGGUUAAAU